AUAUCUGCGUUGCUAAGACAUCACGAACAGUUUACAAAUAUGUCGACUUCAUGACCUGAGGAGAACCAAAUGGCUAAUGUGAUUCAUACAGUGUUUUCUGCUUUCAUUUUACAGGUCGCCUACGUUUCAUUCUCCAUUAGCUCGGCUCAAACUCAAAACACUGUCGUUUUCCAGCCUUCCUUUUUAACUACUACGGGACCUACGGUCAGUGCGUAUUUGAUUGGAAACAUCUCGGGCGUGUCUUUGAAUCUGAGGACUGUUUCUCCGUCCAACACAACAGGGAGCAGUGGUCCUCCAUCAUGUAUAGCAGAGUCAACACAGUGGACGAUCACAAGCGAGCCUCUGGGAAAGACUGCACUUCGAGUUCAACUGAAGCUGAAUAAGGAACUGCGCCUGUGUGGUGAGAAUGAUACGAACACAGACUGCUGUCCUGGGCCGCUGUGUUACCUGGGAACCCUUCAGGUGUCUGCCUGUGUGGACGGCGCACCGCAGGCGUCGCUGUUGGUCCGUGCCAGGAUACACGCCCUGUUGUUUCCCGCUAAUGCUGGAUCUGACAAUAAAACAGUCAUUCCAAACCAAGUCUACCAACCACUGGGCCCUUGUCCUUGUGACCUGACAUUGAGAGUAUGUGAUGUACGUUGCUGUUGUGAUAAGGACUGUUCCAAUGAAGAUUUGAAGUUGUUUGCGUCCCACUGUCUACCGGGGCCCUUUGGUGGACAGGUGUCUCCUGCUCCAGACUAUCAGUGCUCUGUGCAGUCCUCUGAAAACUCUCCGGAUUGGUAUCCAUUUUUAUGUGUCAUUUCUCCGCCUGAAAACAACCCAUACCUUGGCCUCUUUUACCAGGGAGACACGAUAUCACCCAGGCCUGGCCCAUCCUUCCAAAGUCCUAUUUUAUCUGCUCCAGUGGCAGUUAAUGUUUAUAUUCAAGGAAGUCCUAUUCUCACAUUAAAGAACCAGUACUUCACUAUUCCUCAGAAGGGCUUCGGGCAAUGUGUCAACAAUGCUCCAGUAGCAUUUUUGAAAGAUUUUAAAGUCGACUGCAUGACCCUGCUACGCUCCUGCCCAACUGCAUCUCCCUUACAGACACUACCCACACAUUUAAGCAUUACACUGAAUAAUGGUUUAGGAGGUGACGUCAGUGUGGAUCUAACGGAUGAAGUGGCCACUGACCUCAGUCCGUUUAUUUCCAAAAGAGAUGCAGUUGCCUCUACAGAUGAGAGGGUGGUGUGUGAAAACGUGACCUUAGCGCUGGAUUACAAAUUCUACUGGAAAGGAAAUGGCAUCACAGGCAUAACACUGACACGCACUGUUGGGACCAUCGCCUUUAAUGGUAGCGUAACCUUGACUACAAAGUAUUCUGCUGUGUUUCUAAAUGGAGGAGUCAUGGUUGAACCCCGCUCAGGUAACCCAGGUUAUCAGGUGGGAAGACCUGUUAUUGCUGGAAUACUUGACACUUUGGGAAAUAAUACAGGCUCAGUACAGAGGACGUCAAUCAAUAUUUGGAAACCAGUGAGCGACGGACUCUGUUCUACUGCUGAGAAGAAACCAGUUCUGUUUGGAGAGAAUUCAACAUCAGGAUGUCAGCUCCCCAUCAGCCAGCAGAAUCUGACUCAGUGUGAUCUCCUGAGAGAGACGAUUACUACUCUGCAAUCAGCUUUGAUAACGGCCACAUAUGUGGCAAAGAGCGGAGACCCAGAUCUAUUUAGCAUUUCAGACUGGGUGAACAUCAGCUUAAUUCCAGUUGCGACCCUGAACUCAAGCACAGCUGUGGAAGACACCACGAGUACAUGCUAUGGGAUCCCAUCUCACCAACAAAUCCGUGUUUGGAGUCUUAACAAUGGUGUAGUAGACGGAAAACCUCAAAAGGAAAUACGUGCCUUGCAAGUCAGCUAUGGCCUGUCCACUUGGCGACUGGACUGUGGAGGAGGUGAUGUCUCUCCAUGUGUGGACCCAGAGGAGACUCAGCUGUUCCCCAUCACCUCCUCAGUCACCUUCAUUGACAUCCCCAUCAACACAGAACCACCAAAAACCAGGUUUCAGAUCAACUUUACAGAAUACGACUGUAACAGGAAUGAUGUGUGUUGGCCCGAGCUCGCAUUUCCCAUCACUAAGUAUUACACAGGUGAGCCGUAUUCUCAGUCUCUGGCUAAGGGCAUUAUCCUGGUCUUCUUCUUUAUCAUGGCCUCCGUACUUGGAACUCCAUGGAGACAAAUCAGACAGGCGUGGAGCGGCGCUGCGCUCUGAAACUCAGAGAGCAGCUGAGAUAAAUGCAGAAGAAGAAGAAGAAGAAGUGACAGGCUACAAAAAGAAUAAAUAAAUGUCAUUAAUUGCACCUCUUUUAUUAGAUGUGGUACCGGCUAAUGUUAGCUUUAGAUGUUUAUAACAUGAUUGUGUGAAUGUAAACAGUUGUACUGGUGCACAAUUUUGGAAUAAAAAUAUUUUUUUACCUUCCAAAUAUAUUUUUGAACAAUUGCUAUAAA